UUCCGGAUACCCUUAAAAAAACGAAAAAUGACCCCGAAACCCGAUUAGUUCCUGUCAAGCCUCCGCGAGGAGUGCGCUGUCCGAGGCGGUGCGCGAGGCGGCCGGGCGGCUGCGGGCUUCGCGCUGAGCAAAGCGCACGUCAUCUCGAAAUAGAGUUAAAUAUUAAUUUUUUCUUCCCCAGCUCUCUCUCCGUGCGGUGGUUUUUUAAUCCCUUGCGCCGGAGCUCCGGCCGCGCUCGGACCGGGGCAGCGCUGCCGGGGCGGGGCGGUCCCCGUUCGCUGCGCUGCGUUGGCUUAUUCCGAGAUGAGAAUUCGCUCUGGAUCGCGGCUUUCAGCAGAAACCCCACAAAAAAAAAAAAAUAAUAAUAUAUAUGUGUACAUAUAUAUAAAAAGGAGGGAGCAGAGGAGAGGAAAUAAAAGGGUUACAUAGCGAGAAACACGCAAGGCGUUGAUUAAAAGUUGAAAAUUGGAGCAGAGUGGCGGCCGCACGGGCACCGCAUCCCCCUGAGCCUGGAGCGCUCGGGGCCGAUCCGUGCGGUACCAAAGCAGCCCGGGGCCGGCGGGUACAGCGGCGGAGUUAGGAGCUGUAACAGCCCUGCAGCCCGUCCUCCUACCCGGAUCGCUGGAUGGGAUUUUGAUGCCGCCAUCCCGUCCCGAAGGGGAUGCGGGAUGGGAUCGGGCGGUUUCGUGCAGUGGGUUUCUGAGGUUUGAGCGGAGGAUGUGGCGUCCCACGGCCACGGGGUGAGACUGAUAUCCCAUCAAAUAUUAACUUGGCGUUUGGGAAGGAGAACCUGCAUAUUGCAGAGCGGAGGAGCUGUCAGGAUUUAUUAGCAAGACGGCGUUGUAGGUGUUGAACUGUGUUUUUAAUUAGGCGCCUAAAUUAGACCAUAAAAUGGUUGAUUAAUCUUUUACAAGGAAGAGGUGGAAGGGGGGAGAAGGAGAGAAUAAAGCUUAUGAUUGCACCAAUCUGUUGUCCCAGCACGGGGGGUGGCAGUCGGUAUCAAAGGGACGCACGGAGUUUUUAACAUUUAGAGGAGCUGUCAUCAAACUUGGGUUCAACUUCUCCCAUGCUUUCUUCUUAUCAGCUGCUCCAUUUCCAGCCGAAUGGGCCCUGCCCCUGUGAGCACACUGCUAGGGGGCUGAGCUGGGGUUUUUUGCUCUUUUAGCUGAGUUCUGGGAAGCUCUGGGUGGCUGUAGAGUCCCAAGGUGGCUCUUGGGAGACUAUAACCCGAAUGGGUUGAGGAGAAGGAAUGCAAAAUCGUGCUCAGUGCACUGAGGAGAAUGGUAAUAUUUGCCCAAAUAAUGGCUGGGUGCUUUGCAAAUUCUGCCUUAUUUCUGAGUUGGGUUUGAAUGAGAUGCAGGAAUUGGGCGGAAUGAAUUUUGGUGUUACAAAUCAGAUCCUGCAUAACUGCAGACUGCCCUGAACCUCAAUGCGUUUUGGUUUCUCAGCGCUCCACAGGAGCGUGCUUAUUGCCACGAGCCCCACUGAGGCUUUUAUUUAUUAUCUGAACAUCAAUAAGGAGAAGCGUUUCUGUUUGCUUGUUAACGGCCCCAUAAAAGCAGAUAAAACCCGCUGUAAAAUAUCUGCCUUGCUGAGCAGGGUGUGCCUCAGCUCUGCUGCUCGGGGGCUUUUGCACAGUUCUCCGUGGGGCCGUUCCGUGCCGCAGCGCCCAUCGCCGCCACUUCAACCCAUCGCCAUUGGGACCAUGGGGACACAACUCUUGGCUGCUGGAAGGAGAUUUUAUUCCCAUGGAUCUGAGCUGAUCAGGGACCUCAUGCCCAGGACCCUGGAGGGGCAGAUCACCAUGGAGAAGACCCCCAGCUACUUCGUCACCAAGGAGGCCCCGGCGCGCAUCUCCUCCAUGGCCAAGGGCACGAAGCUGAUCGUGGUGGUGCGGGACCCCGUGACCAGAGCCAUCUCGGACUACACGCAGACGCUCUCCAAGAAGCCCGACAUCCCCACCUUUGAGAGCCUGACCUUCAAAAACAGGACUACGGGCCUGAUCGACACCUCGUGGAGCGCCAUCCAGAUCGGCAUCUACGCCAAGCACCUGGAGAACUGGCUGCUCUACUUCCCCAUCGGGCAGAUCCUCUUCGUCAGCGGGGAGAGGCUCAUCAGCGACCCCGCGGGGGAGCUGGGCAGGGUCCAGGACUUUCUGGGCCUCAAGAGGAUCAUCACCGACAAACACUUCUACUUCAACAAAACCAAGGGCUUCCCCUGCCUGAAGAAGGCGGAGGGCAGCAGCAAACCCCACUGCCUGGGGAAAACGAAAGGCAGGACCCACCCCGACAUCGACCAGGAGGUGGUGCAGAGGCUGCGGGACUUCUACCGGCCCUUCAACAUGAAGUUCUACCAGAUGACGGGGCAGGACUUCGGCUGGGACUGAGGCUGGCGUGGGAAAGUCCCCUGUAAUUACUUGCCCAUCACAGUUUGCGUAUAUAAAGAGAUAUAUAUGUAUGUAAAAUGUACAGAAAUCUAUUUUAUAAUAAUUUAUUUUUAAUUCCUAAGCAAUUAAUUCACUAAGCUGCCUAACCGCACUGGCUAGAACGGUAGCCUGUAACCUGUUUAACAUUCCACCGUGUUUAAUUCUAAUAUGUCUCUUCUUUUUUUUUUUUCCUUCUUUUUUUUUUUUUUUUUUUGGUUUGGUUUGUAACUGACGGUGCUUCCA